GGCCUGGUUUUUACAGGUGAGUUGCUCUUCUAGACCUUUGCCACUUGCUGCUUUGAACUUAGGGGGAGAUUCUGAGGCCCUCUGCCUUUGAAGAUAGAAGGUAGUGGGCUCCUUGUCACUGGUGGCCGGGCAGAGGUCAAAUGGCCACUUAGGGAUGUUGUAGAAGGGAUUCCUGUUCAGGGAGGCCUUCAGAGGGCACUCGUAGCUCUGAACUUCUGUAGUGCAACUUGCCAAGACUGUCAAGGAGGGUCCCUGAAAAGAAGGGAGAUAGAUGGACUUUUGAGGUGUUGAGAGAGUUGUGGAUACAGGAUUAUCACUUCUUCCCCUGAGACCAGAGAGGUUUGGGGAAAGGCUCCCUGGAGCCCAGAGAGUGAUCUCCUAGGAUGAAAAGGAACCCUGAGGCCCUGAUUCCGAUUUUCAUGUGGUUCUGGCCUUGCCCUUGUCCCUAUUCCAUCAGUAGCUUUCAGAACCCUUGACCUUGGAGUUAACUUCUUCAUCUAUGAUACCCCAGAGAUAGCCCAUGCAGGAACAAUGGUGUCCCAGAGUUCUGUGAGACAAGAAUGGGGUGCUUACUAUCAAUGGGUGUGUGCCAGUAAUGCUUAUAAAAUCCUAGAAAUGGUUUAUACGCAGUGAGUUACAAUGGGUAAUGUUGACCUCAUCUAAAAAAGGAUAAUUUACCUAGCAAUCGGUACUUUGUAAAGACUAGGAGAAAGCCAUGUGGCUGGGUUAUAUGGCAGACCUUGGCCUCCUGCUGACCCUUCCUGUCAUGGGCCUUGUUGACAGUGCCAGACCAUGAACUAUGUGGGCCAGCUGGCGGAGACAGUGUAUGUGACAGUAAAGGAACUGUACGAGGGCCUGAACCCUGCCACACUAUCAGGUGGCUCUGAUGUGCUAGUAGUGAGACAACCAGAUGGCUCCUUCGUCUGUUCCCCUUUCCAUGUUCGUUUUGGCAAGCUGAGUGUUCUGCGAUCCCGUGAGAAGGUGGUUGACAUUGAAAUUAAUGGGAAGCCGGUGGACCUGCAAAUGAAAUUGGGAGACGAUGGACAAGCCUUCUUUGUUCAGCAGCUAGAGGCUAAUGAGGAGGAGGUCCCCACCAGCCUACGUACCUCACCUAUCCCUGUGGAGAACUCGAAUGAGAUCCUGAGCGACCCUCUGCUGGAUCUCAUUGAGGAUGUCCACAGAAAGACCUCACAGAUGGCCAUCCCAUUGCGGAAAAAGAGGCGAUGCCGGAAGAAAGCCAAAAAGAAAAGCAAAGUAGUGCCAGCAACAACACCCAAUUCCAGUUCCGAGGAGCUGGAAGGAAUACAGAGUGAGAUAGUCUUAAAAGUGAAACCAGCCACAGAAUCGUCCUCAGCAUCUUUCAGCCCUGAUGGCAAUGUCUCUGCACAGCCCAACGAUUCCAAUCUCUAUUUAGAUGUGACGCGCCCAGAGGACAAUUUCUUCACUGCGGAUGACACCUUUGUAGAGUCCAAAGAUCCGUUUGUCUUUUUCGAUGUGGAAUGCUUAUUGAAGGAGAGCCAUUCGGGCAGUUUAUCCUCAGAAUAUCUAACGAGCUUCAAGAGUGACUCUGAGCUGGAGAUGGCAUACGCAGACCAGAACCCCACAAGGACUGGGUCCCAUGUGCAGUGGCCCUGGGGGAGCCUUCCUCAGGUGAUGAAAGGCGAGAACGUGAAGGUGCUGGGGCCAUCACACAGUAACAUAUCGACCAAACCUCAUCUUUGGGAAGAACCAAUAUUCCAGAGGUCUAGUUUUCACAAAUUGGCAGAGUCUCAGACUGUCCUCCAGGAUGCUAAGGGCAUUUCUAGCUCUCCUUCCCUGCUUCAUCCUCCAGCAUCCUUCCAGAGUAGCAGACCUUCAGAUGUAACAAAGUCCUGCUUUAUAGCAAGAAAACUCACUGCAGCCCGGGAUUCCCUUGCACAAGACAAAGAGGAGAAUAUGGCUGAGAACACCCAGGAGAUGCGUUGCUCAUCUGGCUCUAUAAUGUCGGCCAAAGGGCCCACAGUUCAGGAAGGCUCUGAUCCCUCUGGACAGAGUGAAGAGGACAAGGAAACACAGAGGAGUAGUCAGCACCUUGGACCCAGCGACAUCCACCUUGAAGAUUUGCCUUCCUCGAGUUCAACUAAUACUACCCUUUACUUAACCCAAAGUGAAAUUGGGCUUGAAGCCAAACUAUGGAGUGAGCCCUUCGGCUCAGAUACGAACCUCUCGACAACCACGACUGUGAAGGAUAGUAACACGGACAGCUUAUCUGAUACUGCCCUGGAGCAGGGGAAUGACGUCAAGCUUUCUCUCUGUGGUGGACUGGCUGAUAACCAGGACAUCUCAAUAGAGAAGUUUACCAAAUAUGCCAUAUCCUACCAGGAUCUCGCUGACAACCCAGGAAUCCUAUAUGACCCCAACCUUGUCGUGAAAAUUGGAAUGAAGCAUUACAACUGGGCUGUAGCUGCCCCGAUGAUCCUGUCCCUUCAGGCCUUUCAGAAGAGUUUGCCCAAGAGCACUAUUGACAAGCUGGUGAAGGAGAAAAUGCCCAAGAAGAGUGGCCGCUGGUGGUUCUCCUGGGGGCUAAAGGAUCCGAUAACUGAGGAGCAUGAAAUCCAGGAGAUGGCAUCUACUUCAAAGAAGAAUUCCAUCCAGCAGGUACUGAACAUGGAUGUCUCAUCUAUUGAAGUCAACUCCCUCAGCACCCCGGUGGUCUUGAAUGCCCCUUCUCCCCCACCUCAAAGUCAUAUUUCUGCCUUCAAGAAGUCCCUUCGUCUCUCCUCUGAUCAGAUUCGAGAUUUAAACCUGAGGGAGGGAGCCAAUGAUGUGGUGUUUAGUGUGACCACUCAGUUCCAGGGCACCUGCCACUGCCAUGCCAACAUCUACCUGUGGAACUGGUACGACAAGGUGGUGAUCUCAGACAUCGAUGGGACCAUCACGAAGUCUGAUGCUUUGGGUCACAUUUUGCCCCAGCUGGGGAAGGACUGGACUCACCAGGGUAUCAUCAAGCUUUACCACAAAAUUCACCUAAACGGGUACAAAUUCCUUUAUUGCUCAACCCGAUCCAUUGGCAUGGCGGACCUCACCAGGAGCUACUUGCAGUGGGUGAAUGAGCAGGGCUGUGCUCUCCCCAAAGGCCCCCUCCUCUUGACCCCCAGCAGCCUCUUCUCUGCCCUUCACAGGGAGAUGAUUGAAAAGAAGCCCGAGGUGUUCAAGAUUGCAUGCCUGACUGACAUCCAUCACCUGUUCCUGCCCCACAGAAAUCCCUUCUUCGCUGGCUUUGGGAACCGUGCCACUGUGAGCGUGCCCUCCCCCCACCUUCUGAGCCGGGCCAGGCCGGGUCGGGUCAGGUCCCUCCUUCCCUCCUCUCCAACUUCUCUCUGCUCUUCUCCAGGAUAUCUUUACCUAUCUUCAGGUAGGGAUACCCAAAUCCCGAAUCUUCACUGUCAACCCCCAAGGAGAGCUUAUUCAGGAGCUUAUCAAGAACCACAAGACCACGUAAGUGUCACUCUCAAAUCAGAGCCCGACUGCCUGGUCCAUCCCCCUCAUCGAACGGAUGGAGAAACUCAGGCACAGGGAGCUCGAAGAACUCACUCGAGGUCACACAGGGAGCAAGUAUCAGGGGUGGAAUUUGAACCCAGCUCCUCUGACUCCAGAGCUAGCAUUCUUUACACUGUACUGUGGCAGCUAGAUGGCACCUGGAAUAGAACACCGGGCUGGGAGUUAAGAAGUCCUGAAUUCAAAUCCAGCCUCAGACACUUACUCCCUAUGUGACCCCCGGCACGUCACUUCACCUCUGUUGGCCUCAGUUUCCUCACUCGUAAAAUGGGGAUGUCAUGAGGAUCUAAUGAGAAGAUAGUUGUAAAGUCCUUAGCGCAGUGCGUGGCACAUGGUAAGCCUUCUAUAAAUGUCAGCUGUGUUCUCUUCUAUCACACAAGAACACUUGGUUAAAAAGAAUUAAAAAGCUUAAAAAGAAUAGGUUAAGAAGAAAAAAAAAGCAAUUGGUUCAGGCGAGCCUCAGCCCCCCGGGACUUCUCAUCUCUCCUGCCUUCAUUCCGCCCUGUCUGAGAGGCCUGGGAUCGACAGCAUGGGCUGCUCGGGCGAAGGUUCAAAGGUGAUGGGUGUAGAGUACGUUACACACUACAAAUGCCAGCUCUUAUCUCAGCUGAGAAGCCAUUGUGGCUAAACAGAGAGCAGGCGGGUUCAAGCCCCGACUCACAGAUGCUGGCUGGAGGAUCCUGGGCAAGUCCCUCACCCUCUCAGUGCUUGGGGCACCUCUCAAAUUGUAAAUGGCAGAGGAGGUACCAACCUGCAUUGGCAGAAGACGUUUCCUCACUAGUGAGAUCUAUUUUCCAAUGAAAUCAUGGGUCCUGUCACUGUGCUGUUCCAGCUGAGAAAAGAUUUGGUGAAGCCAGAGAGCGCAGUCCCUUGACUGGAGCCGGGUUCUGGCCGCAGGGCCUAGAUUUGGGGCCAGUCCUUGCUUCUCACUCUCUUU